ACAUUAUGAAAAAUUAGCCCAAAAUCCAAAUUCAUUUGAAGUUCAUCUCCGAUUUCGGAGCUCCCCCGCUUUGAAGAUCCUCCGACUGCUGCAGCUGCCUCCAGGUUUCUCCAAUCGGACUCUCUGUUCAUAUUUUUUCUUUUAUCGCACAUGAAUUCCCUUCAUCGCAUUGCAAAAUUCUGUUUACCGAAGAAUCGGAUUCUUGAACUGCCUCUGCAAUUCGGAGAAACCACCCAUUACAGCUCUUCCUUCCAUGUCAGAGCGUUGUCGGCCAAAUCUUCCCCUACCUCCGGAUUCGCCAAGUUCAGAAAUGGCGACGAUGAGUGGAAUGAUACUUGGGAAUCUGCUUGGCUUCCGGAAGACCUUUCGCCCAAGAACAAAGCGCCAUGGGAGAGUGAUGUCAACUUCCCGACUGGAAACCCUACGAUUGUGCUGCCGUCGGACGCGGAUGCAGAGACCAAAGCCUUUGUUGAGGACAUGAAUGAGAAUUGGAACGAGAGGCGAAAGGCGUCCCAAACGCAGAAACAAGGAAUGCUUCAGCAAGAGAAGGAUGGCGAUGGCGAUGGCGGUGGCGGGUCGCUUUAUAGCUUGGAGAACAUAAAGAAGGAUUAUAGAUUGAAGAAGCAGAGGAUUCAUGCCAAUUUGUGGAUGAAGGAGAUUGAGAAGCAAGAGGAAGCUAGGUUGGGGGAUUCCAUUACAGGCACUGGGGACGACAUUGAAAGAUUGAUGGAUAGCUGCUCUGAGAUUUUUGAGUCUGCCAAUGAUGAUUUAAACCGUUCAAAAGUUCCCAGUUCUUCUGAGUUCAGAAACAAGCCUGAUGGUUGGGAGACAACAUCCAAAGGUCAAGAUGGAAAUGUGUGGGAGAUGACCCAAAGGGAAGAAGACAUUCUUCUCCAGGAGUUCGAUCGUCGUAUUGCAUACAAUAAAUUUCAGAUAGCUAGUUUCAUCAAGACCCAUAUAUUUAGUCGUCGGAGACCGAUUGAUGGGUGGAAAUACAUGAUAGAGGAAUUCGGGCCAAAUGCCAAGAAAGGGAAGGGUAGUGUUUCAAGGUUGCCUAGUCUUUCUGAUUCUUCAACACAGCCCUUCAAGGAGGAAAAAGUUGCAGCUUCCCCCUCUCUGAGCCCCUUGAAGAGAAUUUAACUUGAUACAAGCCACAUCUUGGACUAUCUCUAUGUGCUGUUGAUUCUAUCCCCGAGGGCAGUACAUCAGUGGCUACACGACUAAAACAGGUUUGCAACCAUUAGAAAGAACAUCUCAUGCUCUCCAAGUAAAAUGUUAUGUUGGUGAAAUUGAUGUUUGUAAGUAAUGCUUCUAAUCUUGAGUAUGCUUGCCUGACAAACCAUGAAGCAAACUGAAAGUAUUGCACUUGGUUCAUAGAAGAAGGAUGGUUUUUUAAUUUGGGAAAGGAUUGAUGAUAUCUUGUAAUGUUAGUUCACAGAGGGAAUUUAAGUUGCUUUUAGGUUAGAAGUUUUUUUUUUAAAAAAUACAAUAUGCGGGAUUAGGGAUUCGAAUUCACGACCUUAUAGUCGAAUACAAGUAUCAUAACUAGUUGAGUGC